CUGAUUGAGAUUUCAGUUCGCUGGGAGACGAUCGCCGAACGAGACCGUAGCAGAAUUUUCAUGUCGCGCCGUGGCUAGACAUUAGAGAUAUAUACAUAUAUAUAUAUCCCUAUAUAUAUUCAUGUGCUACCAGCUGGCAGUGGCAGUUUUGAGUGCGGCAAGACGCGUCAAGUGAAAUCGAAUUAUAUACAAAGAAUAAGGCAAUCAGUCAAAUCGAUAAUAUAACGAGACGGCAAAACGAAAAAGAUGACGACCCAUCAGUUGCUUAGCAAGAAUGUCCGCUCCAUGCCCUCUUGGGUGAACGAGGCAAAUGACCGCAUUGGACCGAAGCCACCGCCCACGCCACCAAAUGGAGUGGCUGGGGGUCUUUCCAAGGCUCCUGCCCUGCCGCCCAAAUCGAAAGAAACGCCCGAACCGGAUUACGAGAUCAUAGAGUUCUCCAACCAGCAGUAUACUAAUGAACCGAUGAAGACCACAGUGAUAAGGACCAAAACGCCAGAUAAUAAACUGAAGUGCACUUUGUGUGGCUCGCAAAAUCCCUGGGUGACCUGUGCCGAGUGCGCAGGUCAGAUAUUCUGCGCCUCCUGCGACGACAUGUUCCAUAAGCAUCCCAAGCGAAAGCAGCACAUGCGAAAGGCCGUCGAGCAGGGUACACCACCGAUUCCCCCGAAGGGUGCACCACCCCCAGUGGCACCUCCGCGUCGCAGCAAACGCGGCCUUCUAACACCAUUUCUGGGCCGCAAGGAUCAGAUGCUGCCGCCGCCCUCGCCCACGCCCUCGCACAAAUCGCUGGGUGGCUGGCGGGGAUCACUUGGGGGCGGGGCCACGCCCCCAGUGCCAUCAGUCGCCCCCAGCACAACCAGCUCCACCUCCUCCCAGAUGAACAACCGCCCGCUUCCAGAACCACCACGCAGCGAGGGCGGGGGAUCCUCCAGAUCGGGCACCCCCAGAUCCGUGUUCGACACCAUCCAGCGUCCGCCGUCGGUGCAGCUGGAGAAGAUCAAGACCAAGGCUAGCGCCACCUUGGACCGCAUGGCGAUUCUGCAGCAGCGGUAUCGCCAGCAGAAGGCGCGACAGGAUCUGAGCGCCAACAGCGAACAGCAUUUGUCGAAUGGAGCCGGCUUCGAGCACUGGUCAAACAUUUCACCAUCGCCCUCGCAUUUUCGUUCCGGCAGCAUGUCAUCCGGUUUGAACUCAUCCCAUUUCGAUCUCUCGGAUGACUCACAAUUUCACAAUUCCUUGCUGCUCCAACAACGACAGGCGGCUGGCGCCCAGCGGCGGCAGAUGAGCACCUCGGUGUUUAACCUGAACACUAACCCCCGGCGACCUUUGGCCGAAACCCAGAACGGCAGUGCCUGGCUUACCAAUCAGCGGAUCCAACAGGCCCAAUCCCUGGCACAAAUAAACUGUGCUGGCUGUCAGCAGAGUCAGCAGCCUCCUGGCUGGGCACAGCAUCCACAUCAUCAGCAUCCCCAGCACCAGCAUCCCGACCAGUGGUCUCAGUUUGGCUCCCAGCAGCAGUUCAACAACUCCAACCUGUCCCUGAAUGUGGGACCGGGUUACAUGCCACAGCAGCAUCAUCCGCACUAUCCACCGCCGGUGUUUAUGACCCAGCGCGGAAUGAUGCCCAAUGUGUAUCCUGGAGCACCCGGCUAUCCCAUGAUGCACCCAGGUGUCAUGGGAAUGCCACCUUCGGCUGCCUCCAGAGCUGCCUCCCGUUCCCGUUAUGCCGCCUCCCCGACGCCCAGCCGCAAAUCCAUGUCCUUGCGUCGCAAGCGCAAUAGCUAUGUGGAUGACGAACUAACCGAUGACGAGGACUCCGACCAGGAUGAUCGAAGGUCCUUGGUCUCGAAUCGCUCGGGCAUGACCAGCGCCUCGCGCUCCCAGCAUCAUCAUCAGCCACGUCAGAGGCGCAUCUCGAGUGCCUCCCAGCUGAUAACCGGCGAUGAAGUGGACGGCGAUCAGAGACACGGAUCGAGGCAGCACAAGAUUCGAGAUCGAAGGGGAUCCAUUGCCAAGUCGGUGCAGAGCGAGUGGUUGCCGGAUAGGCGGGACAAUGAAGGAACCCUUACCAGAAAUAAGCCAGCCACCGACUCCGCCCGAACCAGUCGCAUUUACUCCGAUUUGGAAUCGGAGGGUUCGGGAGCCCGGGCCCUGGUUCAAGCCAAAAUCCAGCAGAAGCUUCAGGAAGCUGAUCAGCACAAGUCCUCGAAGAAGUCGGAGCAAAAGCGAAAGCCGGAGAUGAAAGACGAGAACACGCAGGCUGCGGCGGUGGUGCAAAAAGUGGUGACCCCAGCCCAGGAGGGGAGUGCCUCGGAGUACGAGGAAGUGGUUGAGGAGGUAACUGCCUCGGAAAGUGAGGCCGAGGGUCAGACUCAAUCACCCGAUCCCCAGGUGGUACCUGAGGAGAUCGAAGCCGAUGAUCUGGGCCCACCACCAUCCACGCCCGACCACGAAUGGGAAUGCGAGUUUUGCACGUUUGUAAACGAGCCCAACAUUAAGAUCUGCUCCAUAUGCUGUAAGACCCCCAGCAAACCUCCAGUCCCACCCAACAAGGCCAAGAAGGUGGAAGAAAAACCACAACCUCAAGUUGGAAAGCCCAAAGUAGCUGCCAAGCCCGAAGUCAAGCCAACUCAAAAGCCUGCUCCGAAGAUACAGCAACCGAGUCAGAAAACGGCAACUGCGUCCACCAAGACCAAUACCCAUGCCGCCACCACCACCACUAGUCCAAAGACUUCGCAAACUGCUAGCUCCAAGAACGCCUCGAGUAUUCCCGUCAAAACACCUCCAAAGCCAACACUUAAAACUUCGUCGGAGAACGAAUCCGACAAUUCGCUGGCCAAGAGCAUAUUGCACAAAGAGUCCGUUGAAAACAUUUGGAAUACUCUGGAUGAGAGCAUUCAGGCGCAGGCGGAGAAGGUGCUCAAGAAGGCCCAGAAGGUAUCCACGGGCUGUGGCGGGACUCCGCCCCGGGAAAUUGCUGCCGUGGAAAUGGGAACCUCACCACCGCCCCAAAGCAUUUCCACACAAACCUACGACGCCCUGCCCUUCAACUCAAAGUCGGAGGAGAUCCCAACAGUUGUGCCAGAUCGCUUCAGGACCCCAGAACCAAAUAAUAUGGAACGACGCCCUCACUAUCGUAGCAACUCCCAGUUGCCGCAGGAAAAUGAACGAUAUCGUAGUGCCAAUGACCUGAGGUUUCACGAUGGCAUUGGCUUGGACCCGUAUAGUGCCGGUCUUGUCACCAAGCGACCCAAUUUCAUAAACGAGCUGAGGGUGCUGCAACAUCAAAUCUCUUCACCCUUCGACAUGCCCCACGAAACAUUCAGCGUUAAGCACGAACCUGCCCGAGAUCCGGAAACGGAAAUGCACAUCAUACUGAAGGAGCUGGAGCUGUACAAGUUCACGGUAGAGGAACUGGAAGCCGCUCUGAAGUACUGCUCCCCCGAGACGCAUCCCAUUCAGUGGCUGCGCGAGAACUGGCACAAACUGGUCCAAACAGUGCAGAGUUUGUCCACCAAGUACGGGCAGGAGAGAGGUGAAAACACGAUCGGAACCGUAUCCCAAAACGAGGCCCGAGAGGCACUGCGGAAUUCUGGUGGCAAUGUGUGGCAGGCCGUGGCGGACUGCAUCCAACAGCGACAGCAGAAGUACCGGAAACUGGCUGCCAAGGGGAACUUCCUGCGGGAUGACAUCGUGAACGCGCUGACGGCGCAUCAAGGUAAUGUGGAGCAGGCGCUGGUGGAGCUGAAUCGCACGCAACUCAAGCCAUUCCUAAUGCGCAUCUGGGGCUCGCCGAAUGGCGUUGAGAAUGAGAGUGGCUCGGCCAUAGACACCAAGUCGGAUAUCCAUGACUUCCUGAACACUCAUGCUUUGGACUGCCUGCAGCCUCCAUUGGCCAUGGGGGAGAGUCCCAGUCCCAGUUCCGCCCAAGCCAAUCCCUUCGACCCACUUCGAACUGACGAUAGUCCCGUGAAAUCCACCUAUGCCACACCUAGUCCCUAUCAGUUGGAAGACAGCACCCUGAAGAACCUGGAGAUACUCAUCGGCAACAUGGAACAGAAUCAGGCCAAGCAGAACCAGGAGGUCCUGCGAUCCAUAGAGACCAUGCUGGACACAUUCAAGGGCAAGCCGGAGCUGGAGUACGAAACGGAUCCGGAGAUAAUGCGUAUUCUCACGAAGAGCCCUAUAAGCACUCUGAGACCUUCGGGAUCCUCGGAGGAUAAGUCCUCCGAGGAUGUGAAAAACUUUGUGUGGCAGCACAUUCAGGAUAUUGUGCCCAAUCUGGUACAGCAGGUGGAGCAGGAGCUUAUGGAGAAGCCCGAAGAAGAAGUUCAAGUUGAGGUUCCUCAGCCUGAACCAGAACCUAAACAGGAGCCGGAGCCUGAGCCUGAACCUGAACCCACACCAACUGUUGAUCCUGCUGUGUACAUCAUGGAGGAAGUCAUUAAGCCCAAUCUGAGGGAAGCCAGCAUUCGCGAAGAGCUUCCACCAAGUUUUAUUUAUGCCACAGAAAUAGCCAACUUUAGGUUGGAGUUUGAUCGAGGCACGGAACGAUGGCACGAGGCGGAGUGGGAGAGCAGUGACCUUAAAGAUGCAGAACGCAUUGUUUAUAAAAGCUUUAUGGCUCCUAAGGAAACAGUUGAGGAGGAGGUUCCAGUAACAGAGAACUUGUCUCCACCAACUAAGACUCAAGAAGAAUCUGCCCCAGAGGUCUCCGUCAAACCACAAAAGACUGAAAAUACCGAAGUAACAAAACCAGAAUCUUUAACACCCUCAAUAGCUGAAAAAGAGGUCGUUAGGGAAGAUCUUCCACAACAAAACGAAAUAAUAACACCUUUAGCAACUGAAAAGAAGACCACUAAUGAAACACAGUCAGCUAAGGAUAAUAAUAUACAGAAAUUUAUUGAAAAUAAGGGUUUAUCAGAAUCACAAGCACAAUUUGAUGACCAGCCAAGUACAAGCAGAGAAGCCAACCGAAGAAACAAGAGGUCUCAGCAGUCGAGGAAAGGUAAAUCACGGGAGCAAAGUCAAAAACCAACUAACCGAUUAAAACUACCAAAAGAUAUUGAACCAAAAGAAAAUGGAACCACAGAAGUACAACAAGAAAGCAUUAAGCAGUCGAUUUUGGUUAAGGAAAAUGCAGUUAAGGACACAGAAGCAGACACAGAACCAAAUUCUUUUUCAAAUGAUAUUCAGUCUGUUGCAGCUGAAGCCGCCGUUGAAACUAUCAUAUCUCCUAAGGAAGAGCUGCAUUCUGAGAGUUUGACUACUCCAUCAACGAUUGACAAUGAUACUAAUCCUCCCUCAGAUAAAUCAGCAAGUGCUUUGACCAAUGAAGUAACACAAAGUGCCGUUGAAGCUGUUUUGGAACAACCAAGAGAGGUUCGAGAGGCUUCCGAUUCAGUAAGCCUGAAUUCAAUAGCUCAACACAUUACAAACACCAAAGAAGAACCAAGGAUUGAAGAUGUUCCUCUGCCAAGCACUACAAUUAAUUCAGAACUAUCUGAAGAGUCCCAUGAGAUUGCUGAAUCUGCUAGCAUAACGGAAAUGGCUGAAGCUAACACACAACCCCAAGAAGAAUCAAUAAAUGAAAAUGUUUCUCCAUCAAGCAAUACACUCGAAAAAGAAAAAUCAAACGAAGUUAGUGUAGAAGAUCCUCUCCCCGCCGCACCCAUUUCUCAACCAUCAUCCACAACAAAUGAAGCUCCCACAUCUGAAAGUCUCGAUGUAGCAGCACCCAGUAACCCAUCAAUAACCAACGAUUACAAGAAAAGUCCUAAACGUUUCUCAAAGAUUCCUGUAAGAACUCUGAGCAGCAACAGUCUUCGAAGUGAAAGUAGGACAAGCAAUCGAACUCCAACUGCAACUGAUGAGAUCGAAAGGGAAGAAACUGCGAUCGAAAGGGAAGAAACUGCGAUCGAAAGGGAAGAAGAACACAUAAGGCAAGCAGACAGAACUUCCAAAACAGAAGAAUCAUCUAACACAACACAGGCAGCUACAACGGUGACAAGUCCAGUUAACCAGGAAAUUCAGUCUGAACAGGAAACUAUCGUCGUCGAAGAACCUGCAGUCCAACCUUUAACAUUGGAUCAGGAAGUGCACACCCCAACAACUGUAGCAGUUACACCCACGGAUUCCGACGAAGUGUUUGAGGAUGCUCCCGAAUUCAGCAGCAGUGAGGGAACAAGACCCCACGAUGAAAACGCUUCCGAUGCUGAGCUGUAUAGUCUCGAUAGCGACGGACAGCGGGCUGAAACUAAAUCACCGGAGAAUGAAGUUCUCCUUCUACUGGAUGAGGAAUCCCAGCUGGAACCGUCAAUAGCCAGAUCCAGCAGCAACGCUAGCAUUGGUACCCAAUCAACUCAAUCUGAGACAUCAAAAGUGGUGCUAAAGGAAUUCAUUCCUUCUGGAGAUCCCGCCAAGCAGAACCUCAGCGAGUUGGUUGAAGACACCCAACGGUUGAUCAAACAAAUGCGUGAUGAGAUCAGCAUGGAUGAGUUCGAGUCCACCGACGAGGAUGAAUACUCCGAUGAGUACUCGGAUGAAUAUGACGACGGCGAGGAGGAGGGGUGGUACGACAGCGAGGGCGAAGAGGAGGGUGACUUCGAAGGGGAGGAGGGCAAUACGUAUAACGAACACCCUUCCUAUAUAGAAGAGGCAUCCACCGGUGACGAGGGCACUGAAAUCGAGGACAUCAUGGAGGAGGAUGAGGAUCAGGCGGAUGAAGACGAGGCGCAACCCACACAAAUCGCACUUGACAUUGAACCAGUCAUUUCGCCUGCUCUGUCAGUCACGCCCACAAACCAAGAAACUGAUCAGAUCACACACACUGAGGUUGUUUCCUCCACAGGAAGGAGCACGGAGACGGAGUCACAGAACCCUGACGCGGAGUUGAUCUUGCAUCCUCAGAUACAAGAAGAGGAGGCAAAAGUGGAAGCUCUGCCUAUUCAAUCUCCUCCCAUCAUAACUGAUUUGGAAGCUCGACUUGCGGAACAACCCGUUGAACCUGUCUUCGAAACCCCUCUAGAAGUAGAAACUCCCAUGGAGUUGGAAACCGUUGAAGAACCCACAGCCCUGCCCAUAACUCCCGCACCACCCAUUGUUGAUUCCGAAUCCCGACCCGUGGAGCUGCCCGUCGAGACAGUACUGGAAGAGCCCAAAAAGGUAACCCCGAGCGUAAAAGGCAAAGGCAGCGGUACAGCGGCUUCCAAAACGGCCAAGUCCACAGUCAGUAAGAUUCCCAAGCCCACCAAUGAACCCACUAACAGUUCGACAAGCACCCCCCUAAACAAGAAGGUUCCGCUGCGGUCCAAAUCCUUCUCGGCGCCCAUGGGCAUUUCUUCGGUGAAGAGGAUCCAAGAGGUCUAUCUCCAAAAGCAGAGCACAUCGAUUGCGGCCAGUCGAGUGCCGCUCAAGAGCAGUCCGACCACCAAGAAGUCCAUCAACGAAGCCAUUAGCAGGUUUAACUCAAAUCCAGCCGAUGGACCAAGCACCAGUGGAGCAGCGGCAGCGGCUGCAGCGGCAUUGUUAAAACCCCGAUCCCAGCCCCGAAUCCCAAAGAAGAAGUACCAUGAGACCUGCUUCUCGGACGAUGACUACGAGACCUCCGCCACAGAGGAGGAGCCGGAGGAAUCCAACCAGGAUGAACCCCAGAAAGCAGAACUGCUAAAGCGUAAGCUGAGUAUGCCCGUCUUCCGAGCAUAUCCUAGUGUUCAAGAACCGGUUAUAGAGGACCCUGCGAUCCUGGCCCGCAAAUAUGUCGAUCAGGAACUGGUCACAAACAUCGCUGAAGCCCAGAUAGCCGCCACCUUGGUAAACAUGAAGUUCUCGGAAGAUGUGGCUUUGUGGGCGGCCAAGGAGUGCUCGGACCUGGACCAAGCCAUCGCCAUGCUCCAGCAGGAGUGCGAGCUCUGCAUGAACAGCUUUCCAAUGAAUCAAAUCGUGUCCAUGCUGAAAUGCCUCCACAAGUGCUGCAAACAGUGUGCCAAGAGCUACUUCACAGUGCAGAUAACCGAUCGCAGUAUCAACGAUUGCAGUUGCCCGUUCUGCAAGCUGCCCGAAUUGAGCAAUGAGGCUCAGCAUGAGGAUGAGCAUUUGGAGUACUUCUCCAAUCUGGACAUCUUCCUGAAGAGCAUCCUCGACAACGACGUGCACGAACUGUUCCAGCGCAAGUUACGCGAUCGCACCCUCUUGCAGGACCCCAACUUCAAGUGGUGCAUCCAAUGCUCCUCCGGAUUCUUCGCCCGACCCAAGCAGAAGCGGCUGAUCUGUCCGGACUGCGGAUCCGUCACUUGUGCACAGUGCCGGAAGCCCUGGGAACGGAUGCACGAGGGCAGCAGCUGCGAGGCUUAUCUGGAGUGGAAGCGGGAAAACGAUCCCGAGUUGCAGGCCCAGGGCGUCCAGGAGCAUUUGGCCCAGAACGGCAUCGAUUGCCCCAAGUGCAAGUUCCGAUACUCUUUGGCCAGGGGCGGUUGCAUGCAUUUCACCUGCACCCAGUGCAAAUUCGAGUUCUGCUACGGAUGUGCCCGACCCUUCAUGAUGGGCGCCAAGUGCUCGGUAUCCCCGUACUGCGCCAAACUGGGUCUGCAUGCCCAUCACCCGCGCAAUUGCCUGUUCUACCUGAGGGACAAGAUCCCCAUGCAGCUGCAGUUCCUGCUCAAGGAGCAGAAGGUCAAGUUCGACACAGAGCCCGUGCAGCUCAAGGAUGAGUCUAGUAGCUCCUCCAAGGCCCGUGCCCAGGCAAGGUGUCCCAUCCCGCUGCAAAAGGAGACGCCGCAGGGACUUGUCGAUACAGUGUGCAACACCGAGGUGCCCGACAAGCACGCUGGCAUGUGUCGCACCCACUACGUUGAGUAUUUGGCUGCCAAGGUUGCCAAGGCUGGCAUCGAUCCCCUGCCCAUUUUCGAUUUGACAGACUGUGUCCAGGAACUACGGAGGCGUGGCAUCGCCCUGCCAGAGCGAGGACCCUGGGACACCGAUGAGAUCUACAAGGGCAUGUGCUCCGAGGUAAUCAAACAGCAUAUUCCACUGAAAUCGGCAUGAGGAGGCGUAGAAGAGCAAAACAAGUGAUGUUUUUGAAGCGGUGGUCGACUGUUGCAAUUCUUCAUUAAUUUUUAUGAUUUAUGGCAAGCACUUUUAUAGACAUUUUUAUACACCAACAAACACACGAAUCAAACUCAAAUCUUAGACAGUUCGUUAGACAUUAGACAUGGCAUGUAAUGUAUGUACACCCUCAUCGACACCUACUAUCGUACAUCCAUCCAGAAUUCCCCAUUUUACCAAUUUGUUUAGUUACUAAGAGAUGGAAAACAACAGCCCAAAAAAUCGGCACGUGGAACAGAGUGCAUCCAAUAAACCGAAUAUGUGAAAAUCCAA